UUUUGAAAAAAGGAGAAGAAGAAGAAGAUGAAUUUUAUAGCCUGUGAGUAUAGCAGUGGGAGUGAGUCCGGUUGGACUAAUUACUUAGAACAAUCAUUUCUCUCUGCCAGUCCUUCAAAGAAAAAGAAUGUUAAAAAGAGUGGGUUUUGUGAUGAACAUAGAGAGAAUAUAGGUAAACAAAAGGUUGAUGAUGAUGAAGAAGAAGAAGACCUUUCCAUGGUUUCUGAUGCAUCUUCAGGGCCUCCACAUUUCUAUGAAGAAAACUGCUACUCCCAUGAUGGUAACCAAUUACACCAUGAAUACAUGGUGCCCCAAGGUGUCACAUUGAAUAAAAACGGUGGUGGUAACAGACAUAGAAACAAGGAACAAAAACGAAGACGCCUGCAGGUACAUGAAGACGAUGAUACAGCAAGCUCUCCUUUCAUCAAUCACUCCAAGAACAACAACAAUAAUCAUGCUCCUGUGGGUUUCUCUGCAACACACUUUGAGUCAUCUUCUCCCUUUGCAAACCAGCUACAAACCAGGGAGGAUCAGAUUUACAGGUGGUUUUAAGUACAAAAAAAAACCCAAAGAGAAUGUGGAGUUGGAAAAU